AUUUUCGGACAUAGAAUUAAUAGUCAGUGCAAACAAAUGGCGUUUAACGUAUAUGAAUAUUUUAGAAAAAAGAAACUCGACCCAAAUUCUGAUGAAUAUAAACAAGAUAUACCUUUAAAUAAAACUGUAGCAGAAGUUACUGGACUAUCAGAAAAGACUGUAUCUAGAAUUGUACAACAAGGGAAAGCAUUAAAUGACAACGAGAGAUUUAUCGAAUUGUUUUGUAUGAAAAAUAAAAAUUUGAAAAUAACAAUAAUCGAAAAAUGCUUAUGCUAUUUAAUUCAUGUACGUGGUCUCGUUGAUACCAUGGAGUUAUGGGAUAACAAAAGGAACACGUUGUAUAGUUUACAGUUGUUUCAUUCAAAUUUUGUAUAGCCAUUAUUAUUUUUUUAAUAAAAAUCUUCACCUGUUUGCCGCUAACCACUAUGACGUCACAUAUCUCAAGAAAUGUCCAGUAACAUUUCGCCCCUUGUAUUACACGCUACGCUCGACCGCCGCCCGCACCUCUUUCGUUCCCCUUCGUCGUCAUACCCCCGCGCCCCUGUACUCCGCGGGCGAGGACUCAUUUAGGCGGUUCUACUAUAGUAAUGUUGUUCGCCGUGAACUCAGACCUCGCAAACCCUUUCAAUAAUGUCAAUAUAAUAGAUUAAUCUAUCGAUUUGUCAGACUAGUACUGACAUUGGAUUAGCAACACUAGAAGCACGUCACGCACGGAGCCAAAGUUGAGUGAAUUAAAGUCAGAUCAACAAAACAAUCACAAUCACACUGAUCCAAGAAUAAUUCUGAUUGAGAAGUGCAAAAAAUAAAAUAGUACCACACUAGCAAACAUAUUUGAGAGAAGCACUGAAGAUCAAACGACAGAAAAUAAAACUUUGAAAUACAUACCUCCAAAACCACUUAAUGGAGAUCCAAAGUCGGAGGAAUUGAAUAUAAUUGACUGUUUAUAUUAUGCACCUGAAAAAAUACAUGCAUACCAAUGGUUUGAUAAUGUUUACGCAUCUAUGGGGCAGUUAGAAUUUGGAAUAUUAAAAGCAUUAAAGACUGGUAAAUUCCUUAUGCUCUUGCUCGAUUCAAGUAAAUCACCUAUAUCAUGUACCACAAUAUCUCCUGCUUUGGAAAUAAAAGUGAAACAAAAUGUAUACAUUUCCUUUUUUGAUAACUCGGAAAAAUAUUGGUUUGUCUAUGCUACAGAAGAACAACUAAAAAAGAUCAUUGAAACUUUGAAGAAUUUGAAUGCUACAAUUCAAAUUAUAUCUGAUACGGAACAAAGCUUACCAAACUCAACUCAACAAACAAUGCAAGAUAUCGUUUCUAAUCCACAGCCAUUAUUGGAAACAGACUCACAAGCUGACAGAGAAAGUAAUACAGAUUCUUCAGACAUUAGAAAAACUAAAUUAUCAAUUCUUAAUAGAAUGGCUAAUAUGGGCCAUUCAGUUUUACCCCCAAAUAAAUCGGCAGCAGAUAAAACAAGUGACUCUUCCGAUACAAAUGAAAGCAAUGAUUAUUCUAAAACAGUAACUUUAAGACAUAAAAAUUUAAAAGGCAACUUAAAAAAACAUAAUUUGGACAAAACUAAAGAAGAAACUGGUUUAGUUGAUCAGCAUAAAAUUACUAGAAUUGACACUAACAUAGAAAAUGUACCUCCCUUAUAUACAUUUGUAGAAGAACAACUUGUGCCAGUUGCUAGUACUAAUAUCACAAUGGGCUCUAGUAGUACAACAAAUGAUAUGAACACUUUUAUGUCUGAGCAAAGAGUUAGCUGUACUGAACUGCGUAUAAAUAUGAACAGAAUGGCAGAAAAAAUAGAUCAAGUAUUUUCGAAAAUAUCGGAUAUAACUCAUACCGACAUAAACAAUAUACCUAGCCCUUUUUAUAAUGAAAUAUUACAAAAAUUAUUAAACGAAUAUGAGUCAAAGAUAAAAACAUAUGAAGAAAUAAUAAAAUCCCAUGGCACAGAUAAUAGUGUUAUUACAAAAUUGCGUCAAGAAUCAAGUAAAUUACACCAGGAUGAAAUAGAAUCGUUAAAUAAAAAAAUAUCUGAAGUUUUAAGUAUAAAUGAAGAAAAGGAUAGUGAAAUUUUUAAUUUAAAAUCAGAGAUUAAGGUGUUUAAAGAAAAUUCAACACGUGCUGCUGAACUAGAAGCAGUAAACUUUAAAUUAUCGCAAGAAAAUCAGAGUUUAAGAAAAGAACUUAAUUAUAAAAAUGAAGAAAAACAAAUAUUAAAAAACGACCCUAAAUAUACGUUAGAUGAAAAUUCUAUCAAUGUUGAUAGAAACCAUUUUGUUAAAAACAUAUUAAGUCAUACUUUCCAUGCUAUUUCUGCCAACUUUCACAACAGUGAAAAUUACAGCGGUGAAACUGUAAAAAAUAUAGUGGCUAAUGUAAUUAAAAGUGAAUUUCAAAAUUUAAAACAAGACCAUUAAAAGGAGUAGGCAUAUUCUUGAUAAAAAAAUGUCCAUGAUUCUUUCAAGCUGAAAACAUUGUUCGACCGACAAUCAGCGCUUACGAUGUUAUACGCUGAUAAUAAUUGAUGGUAUGCCUUGACCGUCCGUCCAGGUGAUACGUUCAGUGCUUCACUGACAAAGAUGUAGGGUAAGGUGGGGCACAGUGUGACAAAAAAGACAAAUCGUACUCUAAAUCUGAAAUUAUUUAUUAAAGAAACUUUCUAU